AUGUCAAAGUCAGUGAGCUUUCAAAAUCCAAUACUUCCCGGUUUCUACCCGGACCCGUCCAUUGCUCGCGUUGGGGAGGUUUUCUACAUGGUCAAUUCGAGCUUCCAGUUCUUCCCUGGAAUACCUAUCCACAGGUCGACAGACCUGGUACAAUGGGACCUCAUAGGUCAUGCGGUGUGUAGAAACACACAGCUAGAUUUGAGCAACGCGACUACCAAGAUCAAUCGCCCGGAGUAUGGAGAAUUCUUCACCGCAGGCUUGUACGCACCGACAAUUCGUUACCACGAUGGCACCUUUUACAUCUUGUGCACAAAUCUCAAAGGUCGUCCCGAGAUGCCCUCCACGGAAGACUUCUCGCCAGAGAAUUUCAUCAUCACGAGCAAGGACCUUACAGACCCAGCCUCGUUCAGCGAUCCAAUAUACUUUGACUUUCACGGUAUAGACCCAAGCAUUUUCUUCGACGAUGACGGCAGAGCAUACAUGCAAGGAAGCUGGAUAUACGGAUACCGUCAAAAGCCAGCAACCAUCAUUCGUCAAGCAGAGAUCGACCCUUCCUCCGGUAAACUUCUGUCCGAACCGAGGGACGUCUGGACUGGAUCCGGAGACAAAGUACCCGAAGGCCCGCACUUGUAUAAGCGGGAUGGGAUUUAUUGGCUUCUCAUUGCUGAAGGUGGCACACAUCGUACGCACAAGAUUACAAUGGCCCGUUCUCAGGAUGUUUGGGGUCCUUUUGAGUCGUUCAAAGGAAACCCCAUUUUAACAUCCCAGGGCAAACACCACCCCAUCCAGUGUGUUGGCCAUGGAGACCUUUUCUCCGAUGCUGACGAUGAGUGGUGGUGUGUGAUGUUGGCGCGUCGCGAGUACGAUCAAGCCUAUCCAUUGGGCCGCGAGACGUACCUCGUGCCGGUUGUCUGGCGCAGUGACGAGUUUCCAGUCCCAGAGCCCGUGGAACUUCUACAGACGGUGAAUUGUGCAAACCGAAAGUUAGGUGCUAAACUCUUAACCGAUACGUACCGACACGUAUCGCUCGAUGUGAACAGCAAGAGAGAGAUUACUUUGGCUGUUCGCCACAAGAGCCAAGACUUCGUCUACGUCGACAACAACAUUACUCUUGAUGCUGAUAGAGUCAAGCUGGUCAUCAAAUCGACCGUGCAAAAUUACGUCUUUUCGUACGAAUGUCUUGUGGAUGGAUCAUGGAAGCGAGAGGCUGUUCUUGGAGCUGUUGAUUCGGCUGACAUGAGUGGCGAUGAUUUCACAGGGACUGUGUUCGGCCUGUAUGCGUCUGGCAGGUCGGGAUCAGCGGAUUUUGAGCGCUUUUGCAUUCCGUCAUGCAUCUUCAUUUACGACGGCGUCUAUAGGGAGCAGGUUGACAUCAAGAUCAAGGCACCCCUUACCGUCUAUGGGUCGACUUCCAACACCGGGACCUACAAAAGUAAUGUCGUCACGAUCACGAACAAGCUCGGAUCCUACGACGCUGGAUCUCUCGAUGCAAGCUCUACGGUUAACGUCAGAUCAACCAACAUCAGCAUGUACAACAUCAACUUCGUCAAUGAGUACACGAGUGGUCAGGCUGUGGCGCUAACCGCCAAUGGCAAUCUUACUGGCUUUUACGGCUGUUCAUUCAAGUCAUACCAAGACACACUGUACGCUAAGAAUGGCUGGCAGUAUUUCUCAAACUGCUAUAUCGAAGGUGCGGUUGAUUACAUCUUUGGAAACGGUCACGCUUGGUUCGGCGAGUGUACUAUUGCCUCAAGUGGCGGUGGUUACAUCACUGCGAGUUCGCGAACAUACAACAACGACACGUCUCGAUAUGUCAUUGAUCACAGCACUGUAACCUCGGCUUCCUCUUCGGACCUAACAGGCAAGGUCGCUCUUGGGCGACCGUGGAGAGUAUCUGCCAGAGUCAUGUACCAAUACUCCACGUUGACCAGCGUGGUGAGCCCCGAGGGCUGGACCACGAUGGCUGAAGGAGCGACACCCAUCUUCCAGGAAUUUGAGAACACGGGAGCCGGUGCCAAAACGUCUGCGAGAAAGUUCUUGACUCCAGCAACUGCUGCGGUGACGAAGAAGGAUCUUUGGGGCAACAAUUGGCGGUGGUAUGAUGAUAGCUACUAG